AUGAAGUUUAUUCUAAUGAACCAGGCUGCAGAGCUUCCCAUCGAAUUCCUACCAAGGGACGGUGCUUACAGAAAAGGGAGGUUGCUUGACUCCAAGAAUGCUGAGGUAGAGAACACAACAGAGUCCGACAUCCUGCAAGAUGCUCGCCGGGCUGCCGAAGCACACAGAAGGGUGCGAUACAAGGUCCAGAGUAUCAUAAAGCCUGGAAUGACGCUCCUGGAGAUUGUGAAGUCCAUAGAGGAUUCCACAAGAAUACUCCUGUCAGGUGAAAGAAACAACGGAAUAGGGUUUCCUGCAGGGAUGUCAAUGAACUCUUGUGCUGCACACUACUCAGUCAAUCCAGGUGAGAAGGAUAUUAUCUUAACCGAAAACGAUGUCUUGAAAAUCGACUUUGGGACGCAUUCCAAUGGUCGGAUAAUGGACUCUGCAUUCACGAUUGCAUUCAAGGAGGAGUUCGAGCCUCUGCUGAUGGCUGCCAAAGAAGGUACAGAAACCGGAAUUAGGUCAUUGGGAAUAGAUGCAAGGGUCUGUGACAUAGGCAGAGAUAUCAAUGAGGUCAUCUCGAGCUAUGAAAUGGAGGUGGAUGGGAAGAAAUGGGCGAUCAGGCCGGUAUCAGAUCUCCAUGGGCACUCCAUAUCUCAGUUCAAGAUUCAUGGAGGGAUUUCUAUACCAGCCGUGAAUAAUAGGGACCCAACUAGAAUCACAGGAGACACAUUUUAUGCAGUGGAGACAUUUGCAACAACUGGAGAGGGUUUCAUAAACGACAGGUCUCCAUGCUCGCACUUUAUGAUAAAUACACACAAGAGCAGAAAGCUUUACAACAAGGAUUUGAUAAAGGUUUACGAGUUCGUCAGGGAUUCGUUUGGAACUCUCCCCUUCAGCCCCAGGCAUUUGGACUAUUACAAUCUAGUGGAAGGAAGUGCACUCAAGAGUGUGAAUCUGCUCACAAUGAUGGGGCUCUUCACUCCGUAUCCUCCCCUUAACGACAUCGACGGCAGCAAGGUUGCCCAGUUCGAGCAUACAGUGUACCUGAGUGAAAGCGGGAAAGAAAUCCUUACAAGAGGCGAUGACUAUUAA